AUGUGCCGCCAGCUGCGGCCGGACCUGGCCGCCUGCAACGCGCGCCUCAGCGCGCUGGGCCGUGGCCACGCGUGGCGCCAGGUGCUGGCCGAGCUGCGGAGGCUCCCUCUGCGAUCCUUGGCCUCCUGGGGCGCGGCGGUGGACGCCUGCGCCAGGGCGGCGAUUUGGCGCACCGCCUUUGCACUGGCCGAGGAGAUGGUCGAAACCGAGCAGACCAACCUCAUCAUUUGCAACUCCCUGAUCCAUGCUUGUGAGAAGGCGUCGCAGUGGCCGAUGGCUCUGCAGCUGCUGCAGGACAUGGAAAGGCGCGGGCCUGAGCCAGACAUCCGCAGCUUCAACAGCGCCCUGCGCGCGUGCGCCCAGCGCUGGCCAAAGCCGCUGCAGCUGUGGCGGAUCAUGGAGGCCAAAGGCCUCAGCCCGACGACCAUCACUGUGAAUUCCAUGCUGACGGCCUGUUCCAGCGCGUUGCAGUGGCAGAUGGCCUUGCACCUUUGGCAAGGCCACUCGGCGCAGGCAUCGGAGGCCACCUUCGGUGCGCUGAUGGAUGCGGCAGGAGGAGCUCGGGACUGGCGCCUGGCGAUCCACCUGCUGCAGCUGUGCGAGCAGAGCUCGGUGCCGCUCAACGUGGUGAUCUUCUCCUCUGCGCUGAAGGCGCUGCACCCGGAGUGGCGCAGCUCGCUGCGUGUGCUGCAGCUGAUGGCGGAAAAGCAGGUCACUCCCAACGUGCUGACCAUCGACACGGUCAUGGCCAGUCUGCGUUGCCACUGGCAGCAGGCGCUGAUGCUGGCGGGCUGUGAACUGAGCACUGCGGCUUUGCUAAGCCUCAAGAGUGCGUGUGAUCUGGCCGGCCAAGGGAGGGCUGCAGAGGCCGCUUCUGCUGCUGCGGCCCGGGGUGCGGAGAAGCAUUUGCGCCAGCCGGUGCUGCAGACCGAGGACCGGCCGCUGUGUGCCAUGAGCCAAUACCUCGAUCUUCCGCUGCCUGCUCUGCUUCUUCGGCGCCGAUUACUGGAGCCGCUGUGCUCGGGGGAAGCUUGGAAAGAGGUGGACAUACUUGCGGCUACGAUUGCGCGAUUCGUUAUCGACUCUUUUGGAUUUCAU